CAAACCCGGUUCCCGCACAGAACGCACGUCGCACAGAUCACAAAAUGGCCGUCAUCGCGUUUCUGUUGGUCGCCUGCCUGAGCUCGGCGCACGCCUGGGGCGGCCUCUUCAACCGCUUCAGCUCCGACAUGCUCGCUAAUCUCGGCUACGGGCGCUCGCCCUACCGCCACUAUCCUUAUGGACAGGUGGAACCUGAAGAGAUCUACGCGGAGGCUUUGGAGGGAAACCGUAUCGAGGACGCCGAUGACACGCACUGCUACAGCGCGCCCUGCAUCACGAACGGAGACUGCUGCCGUGGUCUCAUGUGUUUGGAGACAGACGACGGAGGGCGCUGUCUGCCGGCCUUCGCGGGCCGGAAACUGGGAGAGAUGUGCAACAGAGAGAACCAGUGCGAUGCGGGAUUAGUCUGCGAGGAAGUUGUGCCAGGUGAGAUGCACGUCUGCCGCCCCCCCUCUGCCGGUCACAAGCAGUACAACGAGGACUGCACCACCUCCAGUGAGUGCGAUAUCAGCCGUGGACUGUGCUGCAUCAUGCAGCGUCGUCACCGCCAGAAGCCUAGGAAGAGCUGUGGUUACUUCAAGGAGCCGCUGGUUUGCAUCGGACCGGUCGCCACAGAUCAAAUACGUGAAAUAGUCCAGCACACGGCCGGCGAAAAGAGGCUUGGGCUCUACAGAAUGCAUUAAAUUAUAUUAUUUUACAACUUCAAUCAAAGCUGCGUGGUUUGUUAUACUAUCAUUUGCAUGCUUUUUUUUCUAUAUUUUUUUUGUUAACCUGAAUUUUUUUAGCUUAUUUUUUUUUGUUUUUUUUUUUUUAUUAUUAUUUCUAAACAGAGUAUUGGUUAAUUGACAUAAUAUCAAUGGAAUUGUUUGUUUUUUAUUACUCGUAUUAUAAAUUUAUUUGAGUUUUGAGAGACAUCUGUAAAUUGAUUCAAUAUUACAGGAGAUGUGUAAGAGAUGGAAUUACCAACAUAAUAAAAUAAUUUACAGAUUUUUCUCAAAUAUAAUAUUUAUAGGAAAUAUUGUCAUUGGUGAAAAUUUUAAUAUUUUUUGGGAAUUUAAGGAAUUGACUUUUUUACUAAUUUGCAAUAUUACGUUAUUUGAAUAAUUUAUCAAUGGCAAUAUUUCAAAUCGAUGAUUGGAAAAAAAA